GCGAAUCCCCAGGUACCUUAGCAGACAUUUUCUGACAGAAAAAGAAGAAGAAGAAGAAAAGAAAUAUAAAUUAUAAUUUUUUCUAAAUUGGCCUUUUCCGACAACUCAAGAAUUUACAAUAGACUCUAUAAAUUUGUUAAUAAAUUAGAAAUCAUUAUAUAAAGAAGAUAAAAAAGAUAUAUUCUUGAAACUCAACAAUUGAAUUUGGAUACUACGAACUGGCUUGAUUUAACAACUCAGGAAUCAACAGCGGACUUCAUCAAUUAAAAAAUUGGAGCCUAUAUACAAAGAAGAUAAGAAGACACAUCGUUGAAACAAUUAUUGACUCUAUAUAGAGAAAUAUAUAUAUAUAGAAAUAUAUAUUUCUAAACUAAUAUCAACCAACAUACUACAAGACGUGUGAAUGUAUGAGCCUUUGCUCAAACAGCCACUACAGAAGACGAAGACGAUAAAUUGAAAUUUUAUUAGUAUUGAAGCUGAGGUAGCUAAACUGAAUAAUUACCUCGACAGAAAUUAUUUCCGAGAGAAACUAAUUGUUGCACGAGGAUGGCAAAUCCUUCAAUGAACUCAGGACAGACGUAUUAUUGGGCUCAGGAGCAGAUGAAGUACCAGCAGUAUCCUCCGGUACCUCCAGUGCCAAAUUUUUCACCACCUAAUUACAAUCAACCAGUCAAUUUUUCAUACAACGUACCUCCUCCCAACGUGUCAAAUGUUAAAUCGACGAACUCGAUGUAUCAGCAGUCUGCGCCUCCUACGUAUCAUGAUGGAACGGCCAGUUUUCAUAAUAAUAUUCCUUACCAGAAUCAAAUGGAUCUGCAGUGCAGUAAUCAAUAUUAUGACAGAACUGAGCAACCUGCACAGCAACCUGCACAGCAACCUUUCAAUGAAAAUUAUGCAAAUUGGGACAGAAGUUCCAGAGACAUGUAUAAUAAUAGUACUAGUAACGAAUGGCACUCUAAUAACUCUACCACAAAGUGGCCAACAUAUUCGAAUGCAUCUACUUCCUGGUAUGACACAAGUAAGACAUACAAUGAUAAUGAGAGAUUAAACUCCACGCAAAGGUAUGAAUCAUCCCAAAGACUAAAAGAGUCUGAAUGGAAAUAUAAUAGGGAAACCGUGCCCACUCGUACUGUAAGCAAACAAAGAUCUAGAAGUCCAGAGGGUAGAUCUGAAAAAGUAUAUAGAUCACACACACGAUACGAUGGCCACAGAGACAGAUAUCGUAAUAAGGGAAUCUCUAGUUCGAGAGAGUCCUCAUAUGAGAGUGGGUACUCUGAGAGAAGAUCUUCAUAUAAGAGGCACGAGAGUUAUUCAUCUCGUUCGGAGGGAUCUUAUGUAAAAAGUAGAAGUAGAAAGAGAUCAAAAUCACGGGAAUCUCGUACGACACGAGAUAUAACGCCAGUCAGCAAUGCUAAACGAUCAAAGGGUCCUACUGAAAGGGAGUUGCUUUUAGAAAAAUAUAGGCGCAAUUACUGUGCAACGAGUAAAGACAUAGAGCGAAAAUUAAACGAAUUAUCAAUAAUGGGAUCAGAAGGUAUACUUGAAAACGAGAAAAAGAUUUGGACUCGUACAGCACCAGCGGAUCUUUACUAUUACAGAGAUGAAAAUAAUCCAAAGAUAAUGAGAAGUACUGUUAAGCUACAAGAAUUAUGUGUAACUUUUAAGAAAUUAUUAAUAGAUAGAGCAACCGAAGCAAGGGCAUUGCAACCGCCUUAUGAACCACCUCCGAGAAAAACUAGAGCACGUCUUUGUCGUCAUAAAUCUGAAGCUUGUAGUAGCUCUUCAUCUGAUAGUGACAGCUCCAUGGAUGAGGAUGAUAGAACUAUGGAAGAAUUAAUGGCAAAGAAACAGCAUCCACAGAGAUUGCAUCCUGAAAUGUGGUUCAACGAUCCUGGAGAGAUGAAUGACGGUCCAUUAUGCAGAUGUAGCGCGAAAUCGCGGCGCUCAGGGAUAAGACACGGGAUUUAUGCCGGAGAAGGUGCAAUAAACAAGUGUGAUUUAAAUACGAAUAACGCGGAUAAAUUGUAUCAUUAUAGAAUAACCAUCAGCCCACCGACUAAUUUUCUCACCAAGACACCAACGAUUAUCAAACACGACGAGCAUGAAUUUAUAUUCGAAGGAUUCUCUAUGCUCUCUCAUUUUCCGUUGGUUAAAUUACCCACGUGUAAAGUUAUCAGAUUUAACAUUGAAUACACGAUUCUUUACAUAGAAGAGAAGUUGCCGGAAAAUUUUACGAUACAGGAACUUGAUUACUUCCAGACAUAUCUGUUCAGAGAGAUUUUGGAGCUCGUAGAUUUCGACUUGCACGCGGCACAGGACAAAUCUGGUUGUGGACAGUUCCAUUUUAUGCCAAGAUUCGUACGCGAUUUGGCUGAUAAUGGCCAGGAAAUCUUAUCGAUGAACGAGGUUUUAAAUUAUUUGAUAAGGAGCAGCACUCAUCUAAUAGAUCCAAACGAUUUACCUAGAUUGGUGGCGAUGGCGCAAUACAAGUGGCAAGAUUUUGCAGAUGAGGUAAAAGGAAUGGUUGUGACUUAUCCCGGGAAGAAACCGUGUAGCGUUCGUGUCGAUCAGCUGGAUAGAAAUCAAGUGGACCAACCACCCGGCGACAUGGCCUAUCCCGAAAUAGUACACUUUGGUAUCCGUCCACCGCAACUUAGUUAUGCUGGAAAUGCAGAUUACCAAAAAGCAUGGAGGGAUUAUGUGAAAUUUCGGCACCUACUCGCGAAUAUGUCGAAGCCCUCCUUUGAGGAUAAGAGGAAACUGGAGGCAAAGGAAAACAAGUUGCAAGAGCUACGUACCCAGAGCAAGAUGAAACGUGACGUCACGGUCGAUGUGAGCUCCGAGGGAUUUUGCAGAACCGGCAUUAUGUGCGACAUUGUGCAGCACGCGAUGCUGAUACCGGUACUCGUCUGUCAUCUGCGGUUUCACAAGUCCUUGGACAACCUGGAGCGCACGUUGGGUUACGAAUUUAAGAACAGAUACCUGCUCCAAUUGGCCCUCACGCAUCCCAGCUACCGCGAGAACUUCGGCACGAAUCCGGAUCACGCGCGAAACUCUCUGACGAACUGCGGCAUAAGGCAGCCCGAGUACGGCGAUCGGCGAAUUCACUACAUGAACACGCGCAAACGCGGCAUCAACACCCUGAUAAACAUAAUGUCGAGAUUCGGCGCGAAAACGGAAACGGAAUCGUCCAUAGCGCACAACGAACGACUGGAGUUCCUGGGCGACGCGGUUGUCGAGUUCCUCACGUCCAUCCACCUCUUUCACAUGUUCCCGGAAUUGGAGGAAGGCGGUCUGGCUACUUAUAGGGCGGCGAUCGUGCAAAAUCAGCAUCUCGCCGUGCUGGCGAAGAAGCUGAAUCUCGAGGAGUACAUGCUCUACGCGCACGGAAGCGAUCUCUGCCACGAUCUGGAGCUGAGACACGCGAUGGCAAAUUGCUUUGAAGCGUUGAUGGGUUCCCUCUUUCUCGACGGAGGGAUAGAAGUGGCCGAUAAGGUUUUUGGGGAAACGCUCUUUAAAAAUGAGGAGGAUCUCGGCAAGGUUUGGGUUCAUUAUCCGCGGCAUCCUCUUCAGGAGCAGGAACCAACGGGGGAUAGACAAUGGAUUCCCAGCUUCGAGUUGCUACAGAAACUGACAAAGUUUGAAGAGUCAAUUGGAAUAGAAUUCACACACAUCCGUCUCCUUGCUAGAGCGUUUACGGAUCGUAGUAUAGGAUAUACCAAUUUGACAUUAGGCUCUAAUCAACGAUUAGAGUUUCUUGGGGAUACUGUGCUGCAGCUUAUCGUUUCUGAAUACUUGUACAAAUUCUUCCCGGAACAUCACGAAGGACAUUUAUCGUUGUUACGGAGCUCUCUUGUAAAUAAUAAAACGCAAGCGGUCGUUUGCGAUGAUCUUGGCAUGACUCAAUAUGCGCUUUACGGGAAUCCGAAAGCUGAAUUAAAGACAAAAGACAGAGCAGAUUUAUUGGAGGCUUUCCUGGGCGCGCUUUAUGUCGAUAAAGGUUUAAAGUAUUGUCACGUCUUUUGCGAUGUGUGCUUCUUCCCACGUUUACAAGACUUUAUCAUGAAUCAAGAUUGGAACGAUCCAAAGAGCAAGCUACAACAAUGCUGCUUAACUUUGAGAACUAUGGACGGUGGGGAACCAGACAUUCCUGUGUACAAAGUCAUCGAAUGUAAAGGACCGACUAAUACAAGGGUUUAUACAGUAGCUGUGUAUUUCCAAGGAAAACGAUUAGCUAAGGCUUCAGGACAUAGUAUCCAGGAAGCGGAAAUGAACUCUGCCAAAGAAGCUUUAGAAAAAUCUCAAGACUUAUUCCCACAAUUGGAUCAUCAAAAACGUGUGAUAGCGAAAAGUAUGAAAAUGCAACAAUGGCCAAAUAAACAGAAAUCAAGAGGAAAAUCAUUAAGGUCCAGUGAGAGAUCUGAUGAUUCUGAUUCGAGCCAAAACCACAGAAGUCAUAGCAGAGAGCGUAAUACCAAGAAGCGAAAAAGUUAAUAAUUAUCUUUUACUUAUAUUUCUUAUAAAAACAAAUCACAAUUUUUAUUUCUACAAAUAGAAGCACAUAAAAACAAGAUAAUUAUGAUCACAUAUAUACUUUUUUAAUAUGUGUACUUUCCGUGAGAGUAUGAUCUCUCGAUAUCUCUUUAAAAAUUAUUUAUUGGAUCUUAAAUAAAUAAUGAUGUAACAAUAA